CGGAAUCAGAAGUUGCUACGAAGUUGUUUGAAAAUGGAGGCUAAAGGCCUUUGCCCACCGAAGAAUAACGACAGUUGAUGUCAUACAGAUGUAAAAAGACACUAUUUUACAAAUGUAAAUGAUUUAACUGUGGUCUUUCACGGAACAACUUAAAUUGUUGGCAUCAGUAAAUUUUCCCAAGUGUUUGCAAGGAUCAUCAUUAUUACUGCUGAAAAAUAAUCUAAUACAGGCGGUCCUUGGGUUACGUCAGUCUUUGAUGACACGUCACCAAUGGAUAUUUCAAAAAUUCUGGAGUUCCACCAAAAGGUGAUGGUGUCUAGUAGAUCUAAGCAAGAACUAGAUGAAACAUCAUGUGGCCCCUUAUGCCAGCACCCAGCAUGUUGGGACUCCAAUCAACGUCGUGAGAGAGGAAUACCACACACUUGCAUGACCCAGGCAAAGAAAGACACUAAAGAAAUUGAUUUUCCAACAGUCAAAUUUUACAACUUUUUAAAUGAAUAUGGAGAAGGCCAGGUACCCUCCUCUGCUCAUAUUACUGGACCCCAGCAAACAUCACCUCGAGCAUAUCAGCCCGCUGCUCUACACUCGACAAGCUUGAUCAUGGUUGCACCACAUUCAUCUCCUGCUUUGAGCAAUGUAGACAGGAAUUUAGAGACCGCCUCACAAGUGCAUUUGGUGGAGGUACAGGAGGUGUUUGAUGAGGAGGAACUAAGCAGCACAUGGGAUGAAACGUUUGUGACAAAGAAAUGUAUGGUCUGGGUGCCCAACUCAACUAGAUCAUCUGUGGAAAAGAGAAAUAAAAGCGAAACCGCCAGAUCAUGGAAUGGAAAGUCAGGUCCUAGUAUCUUGCCUCCAAAGGAUUUGACAGAAGCUAUGGUACCUAUGGAAGUGAAACAGAAGAGAGAAAAUACCAUACUGUUUGAUGAUUGGCCAGUUUUGAAGCAGAAGAAGCAGUCUUUGUCAAAGAUACCACUUCUCAAGAGAGCACUUUACCCUCAGACACCUUACACUGGCGCUUCUAAGCCUGAUUUUGACUCAGAUGGAAUCAGAGAACUGUUGGCCUUGCCACCUGAUGCACUAGUGCAAGUAUUGGACCACAUAAAAAGAAGUGACAUAGUCUCCAAGGAAAGAAUCCAUGGCAUCAUCCAAGAAGUUCUUGCCACUGCUCAUGCUGGGCCUAAGGGAACAAAGGAGAGCAUGACAUUCACUUCAGGACUUGGCACUAGUGAUGUCUUCCUACAACAGAAGGUGCCCCUCUACCCAUCAAGGCAGAGAAACAUCCGUGGUACCUAUGCUAUGCAGCAAAAGCCAGUUUUCCAGAUGGAUUGUGGUGAUGGAGAAAGCAGUGAAUAUUCAGCAAGAAAUGAAAGUAGAACCAAUGUGUGUUCUCCCUCAGAUUUUUUUCCGACAGUGAUACCUCAUUACAAGGUAGUGCCAGGAAUCGUAGGCAAAGAACAGUCAGCCCAAGAGGCCAAGUCCCAGGCUGACCUAUCACACCUACUACGAAAAAAGAUUCCUUCAGUCUCUCUUGGACUUCCAGAGUUACCACGUGGUUUGCAACAGACACGUGCUUUUGUGUAUAAAACUAAACAUCAGCUUGACUUCACACUGGUACCUGUACCAACACCACCUCAGAGUGUACGCAGCACAGAAACUAUAGGAUCUGGUCAUGGGACCACAAUACAAGUCAAUCUGCCAUCUGCAUCAGAUUUCAAAGAUGCUGACCCUAAUCAAGAGGUCAUGGUGUCUGCUGCACAUGAAAAUGAUCAAUCGGAAAAAAUACAAGUGAUAUCUACAUCGCAGUCUCUUUAUCUGCCUACGGCGGGUUCACAACUCACAGACAGUUCACAUUCAGAGCAGCCAGUCCUGCAGCUGUCAAGUAAAAAACACCAGUCCCCUUCUCACGAAGGACAAGCGUUGAGAACAAGUCAUGGUCCUUUAGCAUCAAAAGUGGCUGCAGGUCUCAGCAUGAUCAGUGAGACAGCCCAGGAGAUUGAUCAGUCCCUGACAACAAUGAAGGACAAGAACUCUCCAUUUAUAGAGCCUCUUUCACACGCUCCAUCUUCUUUAAAAGACGAAGAGACAGCGCUCCCUAUGCCAGAAUAUGGAGCUUCUGUCAUAGCUGCAGACUAUUGGCCACAGGUGAAAGAAUCAACUUAUGAUACCGACAACAAUGCUGUGAGAUCGAGGUCUGCAGCUGGCGCAGUCGGUGGUGUAGAAAGUGGCAUCCCGACUGAACAAGGAGUGCCUGCACAUCGAGCACACUCAGGUCCAAGUAUGCGAAGGUCUGAAAGCACCAUUCGUGCCAAAAUGAUUAUGGCUGAAUCAAGCUCAUUGGCAGCUGCCCCACCUCCACCCCCACCCUCACCUGAACCUAAGGAGUUUCCUGAGAGAACAAGCAACCAAAGCUUUAAAGAUAACAAAUCUGGGGACUCAUCAUUUGCAGGCCUUGUGCUGGAACAGAAUGAAUCUCAAGCAUCUGAAAAUCCAAGAGAACUUUCACAAUGGAAAAAUCUUAAUCUGUCCUCUGGCAUUGAAGAUAAAUCUUUGUCACACAAUUACUCUGCAGCUGGAGAUGUUGAGCAGGGUUCAAACCCGACAAGAAUCCCUUCAUCUGAUACAGUUACUUCAAGCAGAACCUCAUCUGCCAUAUUACCAAGUCCUGAAAUUGGUUCCCCUGUGCACCUUAGUUCUUCAAUAGAUCCCAAGAAGACUGGUGCUACCAAGAAGAAAAGAGACAAGAAAAAGAUGAAAAGUAAAAAAACAGAAGACUCUAGUUCAAGGAAAGACAGUGCCAAGAUGAAGUUAUCUGAGGAAGAGGGUUCAGAACCAAGUGCUUUCUUAAGCAGUGAUUUGGAUCCAGCACUGAAGAAUUAGAAAAAUAAGUUUGAUUAUACACCAUAGAAUUCAAUUAAUCUUUAUUGUCUGUAGAAGGCAAAGGACAGAAAUUGCAAAUGAAGACAUGUCACAUGUUGAUUACACAUACACACAUGUACACUUCUCUAAACAGAAUUAUAGGAAGCUAAACAAAAUAAUGUUUAGAAAAUACAUAAUCCAGUGGUGAUGGUUGCUGGCACAAAGGGCUUCUACUUUUUUGAGCAAGUGGUACUUUUUAUUGCCUUCCAGAUGGUAGCAGCCAAAAACUGGGAUGGAGAAGGUAUUUAGGGUCUGUAGCAGGAUGAUUUAUUAUCUUUCUGACCACAUGGAGAUGCAAGUCAGAGAGUGCAUUGUAGUUGUAUUAUGAGUUUAGGUGUGCAUACAUUAACAGCUGGUCAAUAGAUCAACUCUUCCUGGAAAAUAUGAAAAUGGAACCUGUUGCAAAUACUCUCAAAAGUGAUCAUUGACAACCUCAUUCAUCGCUUCGGGAUCAAACUUAAAAAAAAAAGAAGUCAAAAGCCAAAAUGUAUGAAGUACCAAUUCAUUAAAUGUUAUCAUUCUUUGGGCAAUACAUUUAAAAAAUAACGUUUUUGUCGUUUGUGAAUGUAAUAUACUACUAGCUUAAAAUUUUGUAUUAUAACUGUGAAGUUCUAAAAAAUACACUGAUUUUCUGACAAUUUAGGCACACAAAUUACUACUAAAGAGUAUAUAUAUAUACUAUUAACGUUUUGACAGAUGUAAGUUGGGCUUUUAUAGAUAUGAUAUAUUAUCCAACUAUAUUUGAAGUUAGAACUUCAGUUGUCAUUGGUGUAUCUAGCAUAUUUUGCAACUUUUAUAGCCAAUAAAAUAUCAUGUAAUCAGCUCGUUGUGGAUGUGUUGUGUAAACGACAUUGUUAAUACUGUAAUUAUUUUAAAUUUAUAAAAUAUACUG